AAACUAAGGCGGAUCUUGGCUCGAGCAUUUAACAUGUUUGAAUUUUACUCACAAUAGGUUUAUGAAAGCGAAGACCAUAGCAGCUGAGAAAAUAAGAUUUCGAUUUUUUCCUACCACAUUCCAUCAUUUUUUUCUUCAUCACUUCCAAUCUGCUUUCUGGGCUCUCCGGCUGUUCAUUUCUCGUCUCUUUCGGACAUUUUGGAUCGAACUCGCCAUUUUACUUCAUGCUUUAGAAGCUGCAAUUUUGUGGGUUUUUUCCUUGGUAAAUCUUGAUAACUGCAUUCCUCAAAUUUUGCCUGCUGUUGAACAUAUUGAAAUAUUGAAGAAACUAUUAUUUGAUACUUUCGCUCGUUAGCGUGCUAUGGCUCAGAAACUAGAAGCUAUUAGGGGUGGUGGAGGUUCCAUUAAAGUAGGUACUACUGGGACAAUAAGUGCCCUAAUGUCUCGAGAACUCGAAUCUGCAUCUCAGGUUCCUGGUACAUGCACGUCCGUCUCUGCUUCGACCGGUGAUGCAGCUCCAAGAAGACUGAAACCUGGAACGUCAGCAGAUGAGGCGAGCAGUAGCAGUGGCGCAGGCAGUUUUAGAAGCCAUAAAGACCCCGAGAAUUCGAGGAGGAAGCAUGGUACUCCUCAAAUUCCCAUGCUCACAGCAUAUGAUAAUACAUCAGUAGACGGAACUCCUACAAGAAACAAGCCAGCCAAGAAAGGUCACGGCAUGGUUGAAAUAGUCGACAUAAAAUGUGGAAAUCCUAUCACACACCGUCUAAAGAAACUCAGCUUUUCGAAACUGUCUGACUCUAAUGUCUAAGGUUUGGACCCUCUUAGGAUUUCAUUCUUUAGAUUUCUGUAAGCAUAUACAGAAAACGAACUUGGCCGAAUAUUGCUGUUUGCUACUUCGAUCACAGAACAUAUACUUGGUACGAGCCUCUUGCCUCUUCUCUUCUUUCUCCUGGGAAUGGUGAUCACCGAGUCAAGCUUUGGUUUGAAGAACUCGUCUGUCAAAGGCGGGUCUACGGGUUGAUUGUUACAAGGAUUCUUCAAGUUGCUCGCGACACCUGAAUCCAGGCGGCUGAAGUGGUCUAUUUCUUGCAUGAUGAGAGAUCCCACGGUACCUCUAGUCCCUAUCGCCACCGGAUCAGAUUUUGCUGCUUCUGUUUUCUCGGGAUGUGCAGGGAUAAAACUACGUGGUGCGUGGGCCGUCUUUCGUGGGAGAUGCAUUUCCUUCAAGAGGGACUGCUUUGGAUCGUGUCUCGGAAUGACACUUGCUUAGAAUGUGAGGUAUAAUAGGCUAAACAGUCUUGUUCUUGAUUUUUGCUUUGCGACACAAGCUCAUAUAUAUAGGAGUCUCUGCUAGCCUUUAUUAUCCUUCUAACUGUUUAUGCUUGCUGUUUAUUUGCAAAGGACAAUAAUUUGCUACUAAUUGCUGAAUUUCACA